AUUAACAUAAAGUUGGCUACAAUUGCCAGAGUCGGUCACACUGCGCUCAUUUCGAGGUAAAAAUCUUAAACAAAAAGUCAUUUGUGUGAUUUUAAAGUGCACUGAACUUUCGUAAAGAGUACAACAACAGCAGACAAACAAUAGCAAAAGAAAUACAAUCAAGAGUUAAGAACAAACAGUUAAAGCGCAAUAUGGAUUUUGAGCAUGCCGAUAACGAUAACGAUAAUGAGCAUAAUCCGAAUUUAUCCAUGGAAAACAGCAGCGCCAGCAACAGCAGUAGCAGCAGCAAUUUAGGAACAGCAAAUGUUAAUGCAACUGCAGUCAACAGCAGCAGCGCAGCUGCAGCGCUGUUAUUUAACAUAGAGGCUGAGCAGGUGUUAACAGACACCGAGCAAGAACAAGAACAACAAAUUGAGGCUGAACAUGAGCAUUCACCAACUCCUACUCAACAGCAAAUAGCAACAGCAACAGACGAAGCACGUGUCGAGGCUGAACAGGCGCAGCAGCAGGUGCAACAGGAGCAGGAGCAGGUAGAACAGUUGCAGGUGGCAGACACAACAGAGCCACAGCAGCCGCAGCCGCAGCCGGAGAUAAUCGACGCGGACGCCAUUGCCGAUACGAUUGACGCGGGCGCCAUUGAUAACGAUAACGACGCCGUCGUGGAGCGCAUUGACGAUUACGACGACGAGGAGGACGAAGGUGGUGACGACGACCUCGAAGCGGAGGAGGAGGUGCUGGAGGAGGAGGAGGCCGCCGUUGACGUUGACGUUGACGCCGACGCCGAAGCUGACGCUGUCGUUGCUGCACAGCAGGCAGCAGGAACAGCUCCACCGCCACCAUCAGCCGCUGCCGUAGCAGCUGCAGCCGGAGUCAGUGGCCAGCAACGACUUCAUUCUGUUGCCGUUUUGCCCAGCUAUUCCACGGCGCGUGCCCCACUGCCACCGUUACUGCGUGCGCCGCGCAGCAAUCACAACAACAACAAUAACAAUACCAGUAACAAUAAUAAUAACAACAACAACAACAACAACAGUAGCAGCAGCAGCAGCAACAACAGCAGCAGCGCCGCCUCUAGUUCACGACGCACGCGUCACUUCUACAGCAACAACGGCAGCCACUUCAGCAACGAUAUGUACGCCGGCGGCUACAAAUCAACCAGCCAGAGCCAGGGCCAGCGAGAUGGUCACAGCCAGAGCCAUAGCUCGCCCCGCCUGGCCGGCGGCAGCGGCGGCGGCACACGGAAUGCGAAUCAGUCAGGGCAUCAGGGCGUCGAUCCCUUGCGUCUGCUCUAUCCGAAUGUAAAUGAGAAUGAGACGCCGCUGCCACGCUGCUGGAAUCCACAUGACAAGUGCCUCACCAUUGGACUCUCGCACAACAAUCUGCGUGUUACCUACAAAGGCGUGGGCAAACAGCACAGCGAGGCAGCAGGCUCUGUGCGCACCGCAUAUCCAAUACCACCGUCCUGUGGCCUAUAUUACUUUGAGGUGCGCAUCAUUUCCAAGGGUCGCAACGGCUAUAUGGGCAUCGGACUGACCGCCCAGCAGUUUCGCAUGAAUCGCCUGCCAGGUGGGGAUAAGCAGUCGUAUGGUUAUCAUGGCUACGAUGGCAACUCGUUUAGCUCCUCGUGCAGUGGGCAGUCGUAUGGACCCACCUUCACCACCGGCGAUGUAAUUGGCUGCUGUGUUAAUUUUCUGAACAACACUUGUUUCUACACCAAGAACGGCGUUGAUCUGGGCAUCGCAUUUAGAGACUUGCCGACCAAACUCUAUCCGACGGUGGGACUGCAAACGCCCGGCGAGGAAGUGGAUGCCAAUUUUGGCCAGGAGCCUUUUAAGUUUGAUAAAAUUGAGGAAAUGAUGCGAGACAUGCGCGCCAAUGUUUUACGAAAAAUCGACAGAUAUCCGCAUCUGCUGGAGACUCCCGAAAAUCUAAUGAACAGGCUGGUUUCCACUUAUUUGGUGCACAGUGGCUAUUGCAAGACAGCUGAGGCCUUCAAUGGCUACACACAUCAGCCCUUCGACGAGGACUUGGCAUCAAUCAAGACACGUCAAAAGAUAAUCAAGCUCAUACAGACGGGCAAAAUGAGUCAGGCCAUUGAGAAUACGCUGCGCGCCUAUCCAGGCCUCCUCGAGAACAAUAAAAAUCUUUGGUUUGCACUUAAGUGCCGCCAAUUCAUUGAAAUGAUAAAUGGCGCUGAUAUUGAGCACGCCAACAACAAAGUAACCGCCACCACACAGACCAUGCCCACAAAUCAAACGUCGGUCAUACAGUCGACCAAGACGUUCAAGCACAGCAAAACCGGCGGCAACAUUAGCGGCAGCGGCGGCGGCAGCGGCGGCGGCAGCGCCGGCACCAACACCAACACUAACAACCAGCCACAAAACAACACUGCGAACUCAGCUGUGAUAAAACCAGGCGAUAAAUCAGAUCCCAAAAUCAUGAUUAUUGAUGACAACUCCAACAAGUGUCCGGAGCAUGAUUCCAAUAGCAUGGAUGUGGAAAUGGAGCCUUGCAACAGUCACUCCAAUGGCGAUUCCUGUUCCAAUGGCAAUGCCAGUGUAGUACGUAACUCUCUAGAUGCCAUCGAUGAGGAAAUGGAUGUAGAUGUAUCGCCCUCGUCGCGCAAUUAUGGGCGUGUCAUUGAGAAGAUUUUAGAAUUUGGCAAGGAACUGUCUAGCAUGGGCCAGCAGCUAGAGAAGGAGAACCUCAUGACUGAAGAGGAGCGUCAAAUGUUGGAGGAUGCAUUUAGCUUGAUUGCCUACUCAAAUCCUUGGUCCAGUCCCUUGGGUUGGCUCUUGUGUCCCUCGCGACGUGAAAACGUUUCCACCACGCUCAACUCGGCCAUAUUAGAAUCGCUCAAUUUCGAGCGUCGGCCACCGCUGGAGUAUUUGGUGGCGCAUGCGGCUGAGCUAUUGAAAAUAAUUGGACAGCAUUCGCUGGGCGAGGAUGCUUUCAUUACCAUCGACGAUGUGUUCCCGCAAAAUUGACCCAGUUCGC